CAGCACCAAAGAGGCAACACAGACGACUGGAGAAAGUUGGACCUAACGGCAGCAACUAGCAUCACUGGACUUACACUUCAAGAAUUAAGACAGAGUCAAGGAAGAGAACUGGGGAUGUGAUAAAGAUACCAGACCCAAGCGAGCAGAAGUCAACUUCCUACCAAACUUUCCCCAAGCAAAGGAUCCUUCAAGCCUUGACCAGUUGAGGCAAGCAAUUGUUGAAGAAGUCAAGAAGGCUGAGAAGAACCUGCCCCUCAUUAGAAAGUUGAUGGAGACCACAUUUCCCCUGCGCAGACAAACCAUAGUGAUGUCCUGCCCACCAGUGAAGGAGCUCUUGGACCUCUGGCCUGCUCUAAAAAUGGAGUCUGAGUUGUAUGCAGAGUUUAUACGGAUUACAAAUCAGAACCUGCCCAGUACAUUCUACGCUGAACUUGACCGCCAUAUUCCUCGACUGAUGACCUUAUUCAGACAGAAGGCAUCAAAAACUGGGAAGACAGCAGAUGCCCUGGCUGAAAUUCUAAGAAUUCACGAUGAACAGGACAUCCAUGAUAUCCACACCAAGCGCACUACCGUUCUCCACGCCCUUCCUGUCUAUCUGCGUGAGGAUGUCUCUGGAUUUUUCAGAACCUGCACUGACGAAUCUGAUGAGUUGGAGCUUGAUGGUGUUGAAGUGGCCCUCUUCACUGUCAUCAGUGACCAUGACACGACAAGUCCAGUUCACUACCAACCUGUGAAAAUCUCUGUCGUCAUUGAAAGUGAUGCCGUGGUCAGUCUCCCCAGAUUUGGUGAAGCCUUCCUGGUAAUGUUUGGACUGAUCUAUGCACUUCACCUCAGCUACCCCAAAGCCCUGACCAACACUUUAGAAUUUACUCAAAAGAUUUUACUUGGUCUAGAAAGUGGUAAACUGUCACCCAGGUUACAGACCCUCAAGAAUGACUUGGUUAUGUAGGAACUCAUCUGAAAGAAGGAUGCAGGGUAAAGCAUUAUAAAAGGCUAGUUCAAAGUUCUCUCCUUUUAUCUAAAUAAUGCCUCAAAACGUUAUUGCAUUACUC